CGCCCUCCUUGCACCUUCUGAGCUGACCGCGCUGUCCCUGCGCCAUGGCUGCAGUCAGGGCUCUGGCGGUGCCGAGGCUGGCGGCGGCCUCUGUACUCGCGCCGCUCCCUGGGCGCCUGCGGUCCCUCCACGGCUCAGCGCCGCGUCCCGGGGCCCGAGUGGCGCUGGUGCUGUCUGGCUGCGGAGUCUACGACGGGACAGAGAUUCAUGAGGCUUCUGCGAUCCUGGUGCACCUGAGCCGUGGAGGAGCUGAGGUCCAGAUCUUUGCCCCUGACAUCCCUCAGAUGCAUGUGAUUGACCACACCCAGGGACAACCUUCAGAGAACCAGAGCAGGAAUGUUUUGACCGAGUCUGCAAGGAUUGCCCGAGGCAAGAUCAACAGCCUGGCCCAGCUCAGCGCAGCCAACCAUGAUGCAGCCAUCUUCCCUGGAGGCUUCGGAGCUGCCAAAAACCUGAGCACAUUCGCUGUGGAUGGGAAGGACUGCAGAGUCAACGAGGAUGUGGCACGAGUCUUGAAGGAGUUCCACAAGGCUGGGAAGCCCAUUGGCUUGUGCUGCAUUGCACCUGUCCUUGCAGCCAAAGUGCUCAGAGGUGUUGAGGUUACUGUGGGCCAUGAGCAGGAAGAGGGCGGCAAGUGGCCUUACGCUGGGACUGCAGAGGCCAUCAAGGCCCUGGGUGCCAAGCACUGUGUGAAGGGUGUGACCGAAGCUCAUGUGGACCAGAAAAACAAGGUGGUCACGACCCCAGCCUUCAUGUGUGAGACUGAGCUGCACCAUAUUCACGAUGGGAUUGGAGUCAUGGUGAAGAGCGUGCUGGAGCUCACCCGGAAGUAACGGCCUCACCUACCCACUACCAGGAGCGGUGCCCUUGGUGUGUCGCUGGGCACUCGGCAACAGUGUGAUCAGCUCAGGUCCUAGGCACCUUCCUGGAGGAGGGAGCCUUGACACAUGAGGUGGGGGGGCUCCAGGCAGUGGUCCCUGCUUGGCCACAGGAGCAGGGUGACUUCCCUCACCCAUGUGUCCUGCAAACUGAAGUUGGAGCCAGACAGGAACCAAGUAGAGAAAUAACUAUUUUCACUCUCAGGUUUGAUGGUUCAGAGUUUAGAUGCAGAAAUGUUUUAAGGUUACAAGUCUGAUAAUUGGGGUAUGAGGAGCACCAUGUUCACAGAUAAAGGAAAGUUCUAUAACAUGAAGUAAAUAAUGUGCUAAUUAAAACAAGGGAAUUUCUGGAGCCGGUAGUCCCAUUAGCCCUGGAGAAUAAACUUUCCAGAUUGGAAACUUUUGA